AUGACUCUGAUCGAGCAGCAAGAAACCGAGCUCUUGAGAUGGCAACACAUGUCAGAUGACCUUCCUAAGAGACCUGCCAGAAGAGCAAAGUUGACAAUAUUCCUGACCGGCGCCAACGGGUAUCUGGGCACACAGAUCCUGCGUCGACUCUUGGAACGAGAAGAUGUAAAGAGAGUCAUUACCCUUGUGCGUGGAAACAGCAUAGACACGGCCAGAAAAAGGGUCAUCGAAGCGGCUCGGAAAGGUCUUUGGUGGACAGACUUUCACGGAGAAAAGUUGGAAGUGUGGAAGGGCGACUUGGGGAUGCCGAACCUUGGGCUUACGGACGGAGAGUGGAACACGUUGGCUGACGGAAAUUCUAUCGACAUCAUUAUCCACAACGGCGCCAUUGUGAACUGGAACAAAGGCUAUGCGGCUUUAGAGGCUGUGAAUGUCCGCUCAACCGUCCAGCUCACUGCUCUCGCGAUUCGGAACCCGAACCUGAAGUUUACGUUCAUAUCAGGUGGGAGGCAGUGCCGUUCCGCAGAUGAGUUGGAUGAGGACGUUGCUCGAGAGCUGUCCAAAGCGAUGGGCUACAGCCAGUCUAAAGCGUUGCCCGCUCGGUGA